AUGAAAAUGCAUGGCAUAGACCGAGACCGACAUGUUAUACAUCUUCAUUGUCUGUGGAUUGUGGGCUUUGUGGGCUGUGUUGCCUCCUCCUCCCUGCCCUCUGGCCCUCUCUCCAUCUCUUCCCCUGUUGGAAGCCAAGCCAUCCUUCCUUGCAAAUGGAAGUCCCAGCUAGACAACGUCCCAGUUUGCCACGUCCUAUGGCAGACACCCGAUGCGCCAGUGUUUGAGCAAAACGGGGAGCAACGGUGGCAGGCCAGCGAGUUUGAGGGGCGGCUGGAGGUACCUGGGGAAAAGCUUUGGGAGGGCGACUGCUCUCUGAUCUUGCGCGACGUGCAGUUUGGGGAUGUGGGGCUUUACGAGAGCUUCAUGGUGGUCGACAGGACAAGGAGGAAAAGGCGGGUGUUCAUCCAGAGUGUUCACCUCUCAGUCUAUGACCAUAAGUCCAAGCUGUCAAUGGGCAUGGGUGAAGACCUGGUCCUGACGCUCCACACUCCCCAGGCCAUGAGAGUGGUCUUCCAAGGGAGGAACAGCACAGAGUGGAAGGUCCUGUGGAUGAGGGGUGACGGGAAGGUCAACGGGGGUCGUCUUGAGGAGGCUGAAGGGGUGGUGGUCCUCCGAGGGUUAAGGAUGGACAACUCUGGGACUUAUAAAGUGUUGGAUUCCCAUGGGCUUUCCGUGAGCACUGUGAAACUCACAGUGGAAGAAGUUGCUAAAACUCAAAAGAUUAUCCACAUCCAGGACAAACCUGUAGGUAAAUCUACUGUUUACAGGUCCUCCUCUCUGCUCAUCGUUUUUGUCCUGCUGAUCAGUCCUCUGAUUCAACAUCUCCUCUA